UCCAGACCAGCCAGUGAAGAUGGGAGGGACGUACGUAACGAUCCUCAUCACCCUGCUAGCGAGUCUCAGUCUUGGAGAAAAACUAGGAGGAGGCUUUGGAGGAACUGGAUCAAUUGGAUCUUCCUACUCUGCUCCUGGUAUUGGUGGAGGAGGCAUUGGAGGCGGAGGCUUUGGAGGUGGCGGCCUUGGAGGCGGCGGCUUUGGAGGAGGUGGAUCAAUCGGAUCGACCUACUCUGCUCCUGGUAUUGGAGGCGGCUUUGGAGGAGGAGGCAUUGGAGGAGGCGGUGGUAUCUCCAAAGGAGGUGGAGGCUUCGUGGGUUCUAUCUCUGAUAGCUACGGUGCUCCGGGUAUAGGAGGUGGUGGAUUUGGCGGAGGAUUAGGUGGUGGUGGAUUAGGAGGACUAGGUGGUGGUGGUGGAUUAGGAGGGUUAGGUGGAGGUGGAUUAGGAGGCUUUGGUGGCGGUGGAAUAAUCAGUGACAGCUAUUCAGCUCCUGGUAUAGGUGGAGGUGGAUUAGGCGGUGGAUUAGGAGAUGGACUAGGUGGUGGAUUAGGUGGAUUAGGUGGUGGAGUAGGAGGUGGAUUAGGUGGCGGUGGAAUCAGUGACAGUUAUUCUGCCCCUGCUAUAGGUGGAGGUGGAUUAGGAGGAUUGGGAGGUGGAUUAGGGGGAUUGGGAGGUGGAUUAGGUGGAUUGGGCGGUGGAAUAGGUGGCGGUGGAAUUAGUGACAGUUAUUCUGCCCCUGUUAUAGGUGGAGGUGGAUUAGGGGGAUUAGGAGGUGGAUUAGGGGGAUUGGGAGGUGGAUUAGGUGGCGGUGGAAUAAUCAGUGACAGCUAUUCAGCACCUGGUAUAGGUGGAGGUGGAUUUGGUGGAGGUGGAUUUGGUGGCGGUGGAUUUGGUGGAGGUGGAUUUGGCGGUGGCAGUGGUGGGCUUGGAAGUGGAUUAUCCAUCACGAAAGCCAUCGGAACUCCUAUAAUUAGCUCCAGUUACUCUGCACCAUUAGCCGGUGGAGGUAUCGGUGGAGGCAUCGGUGGAGGCAUCGGUGGAGGCAUCGGUGGAGGCAUCGGUGGAGGUGGAAUAGUGGGCGGAGGUUCGAGCAUGUACGGCAGAUAAUUGUACCUUGACUCUCGAAGUUGUUGUUCCUUCAAUACUACAAGGAAGACAAAUUGGCCUCGAACUUGUUCCUUCAAGACUACUAAGCUGACUUCUAAUCUGUUGUUCCUUCAAGACUACAAGGGUGACAGAAGUUAACCUCAAGAACCACCUUCACUUGUUAUCACUCAUGUCCAUUUCUUCUUGUUGAUAGUUUACAGGGCCACUGACAGCUUACGUCGUAUCGAGCACUGUCAAGAGCUACUGUACCACAGUUUUCAACCAAAUAAAACUAUUUUUUUUAAUA